GCACACAAAGUAAAUAUUCUUCAAUACAAACAAGCUCAAAGUACAGAUUCACAUACACACACACACACAGCAGGACCUCAUUUCUCACACAGGAGGUCAUCAUGAAGGCCGCCUCGUCCGACAGCGGCUCCGUCUCUGUGGGAAACGAAUAUACAGAUGAGCUUGAGAAUCCAGAGUCCAGUGACGACACCGAGUUCUGGAGGAAAGAUUCGUCUCUGCGCAGGAUCGGACCGGCGCCCUCUGUCGGUCGCUGGCGGUGGCACGUGUGUGCCGUGAUCGGUGGAACGGCUCUGAUUCUGCUGCUGCUGAUCAUCGCUGUGUCUGUGAUCCAUGUGAAGUUUGACAGGAAGUUCUCAACUACAGAGACGAACAUACAGAAUCUGACGCAAACGCUCGUGAGCGUCAUAACCAGAACACGUGACCUAGAGGAAUACGGACAUAAACUGCUUUUGGAGAUCAGCACUCUGGAGUUUAACCAAGAGGGGAUGCAAAGCAUGAUUACUGAUAUGUCGGAUUCGGUGCAGGCGCUCCAUGACAGAAUUUCAGAUCUGAAGUGCCAGAUUAACAAGAUAAGGAACAACAACACGCAGGAGCUGUGCUGUCCAGACGGGUGGCUGCUCUUCUCCUCAUACUGUUACUUCUUCUCUAAUGACGGGAUGAACUGGAACGCAGCCAAAGACGAGUGUAAGAAGAAGAGAUCAGAGUUACUCGUCUUGAAAAGCAGACAGGAGAAGAGUUUCGUGGUCAGUAAGACCAAGCCUCUGUUCUACUGGUUGGGUUUGACUGACGGCCGCACCGGCGAGUGGGAAUGGCUGGACGGGACACCGUACACCAUCGUCAGAAGUGAAUGGAUGCCCGGUCAGCCGGAUGACUGGAAGGCUCACGGGUUGGGAGGCGGUGAAGACUGCGCUCACUUUCACCGCGACGGACGCUAUAACGACGAUCACUGCUCUCGCCGCUACCGCUACGUCUGCAAAGCUAACACAACCUCCGUCUGAGACACCAACAGCAACAACACUUCACAACAACACCACAUCAAACCAGCAAACAUCAGUGUGAACAGACUAAUAAUGUGUAACAUUUCAUGAUAGAAAAGGUUUCAGAUUCUUAUAUUUACUGUAUAUAAACAACAAAAACGAUACAUUUACAGUCAUGUGAAAAAGUUCGGACACCCUAUUGAAUUUCAUGGUUUUCUGUAUCAGGACAUAAUAAAAAAUGAUCUGGUUCUUGGCAGGUCUUAAAAUUUGGAAAAUAAAUCCUCAGAUAAACAUCAUCACAUGACAUAUCACACUGUGUCAUUAUUUAUUUAAGAAAAAUACAGCCAAGAGGGAAAGGCCAUGUGUGACGAAGUUAGGACACCCUAUGAGUCAACUGCCUGUAGCAGCAAUAACUUGAAGCGUUCAUUUUCUGUGUGACUUUAUCAGUCUCUCACAUCAUUCUGGAGGAAUCUGGACCACUCUUCUUUUCAAUGUUGCUCCAGUUUAUUGAGGUUUGUGGGCAUUUGCUUAUGCACAGCUCUCACCACAGCAUUUGAGUCAGGAUGAGCUCUAGACAUGGACUGGACUGUUGCAACACUUUGAUUCUUUUCUUUUCAGCCAUUCUGUUGUAGAUUUGCUGGUUUGCUUGGGAUUAUUGUCCUGUUGCAUGACCCAAUUUUGGCCCAACAUUAGAUGUCGGACAAAUGCCUUCACAUUUGACUGUAGAAUACUUUGAUAUACAGAGGAGUUGAUGGAUAACUCAAUAACUGUGAGGUGCCCAGGUCCUGUGGCUACAAAACAAGCCCAAAAUGAUCAGCCCUCCUCCAGCAUGCUUGUCUUUUGGUAUGAGGUGUUUGUGCUGAUAUGCUCUUUAGGUUUUCACCAAACUUGGCGCUGUGCAUUAUGGCCAAACAUCUCCACGUAGGUCUCGUCUGUUUAAAGGACAUUAUUCUAGAAGACUUGUGUUUUGUUCAGAUGUAACUUUGCAGACCUAAACUGUGCUGCAAUGUUUUUUUUUUAAAUAGAAGAUGCUUUCUUCCAAACAUGCCAUUUUUGUCACAUAUUUUUCUAAUGGUAUUGUCAUGAACUUUAUCAUUUAACAUGUUAACUGAGGCCUGUAGAGUCUGAGGUGUAGUUCUUGGGUUGUCUGCCAUUUCUCUGAGCUUUACACGGUCUGAUCUUGCAGUGAAUUUUCUGGGACGUCCACUCCUGGAAGGAGAGGUGUCUGUUUUAAAUGUUUUCCACUUGUGAAUAACCUUCAAAUAGUUUGGAAAUGGCCGUAUUACUCUUCUCAGAUUGAUAGCAGCAACAAUUGCUUCUCUAAGAUGAUUGCUGAUGUCUUACCUCCUUGGCAUUGUGUUAACUCACACCUGAAGGCUCCAGACCAGCAAACUGCCAAAGCUUAUGCGUUUAUAGAGGCGCUCAGACUUGCUGAUGAUCAGUUAAUUCAAGGUAUUUGAUCAGCAGUGCUUGACUGUUAUUUAUCCUCUUAAUUCCAGUGUUAACAGUAAGGGUGUCCUAACUUUGUCACACAUGGCUUUUCCAUUUCGGCUUUAUUUUUGUUCAGUAAAUAAUGACACGGUGCAAUUUGUCAUGUGUUGUUGUUCAUCUGAGGUUUUAUUUUCGAUAUUUUAAGACCAGCCAAGGACCAGUUUUGUUUUAAUGAUGUCCUGAUACGGAAAACCAUGGAAUUCAAUAGGGUGUCCUAACUUUUUCACAUGACUGUAUGUUUAAUUUUUAUUUCACAUUGAUUUUGGAGGCAUAACAAUGAAUUUUAGUUUAGUUAGUCAUGUUUUAGUUUAGUUUCUCACGUCAUUGUGCUACAAAAAAAAUGUUGCUCUGGAUAAAAAAGAAAUAAAUGUAACAUUGUAUUUUUUAUCGCUGAAAGGAAUAUCUUACCUAAAGAUGAACGUUAGCUGAAAAUCUGCUCACCCUCAGGCUUACCAAUGGAUCCUCUGCAGUGAAUGGGUGCCGUCAGAAUGAAAGUCCAAACAUUUGAUAAAAACAUCACAAUAACCUGUAUGGAUUAUGGACUCAAGAUGUUAACUGAUGGACUGGAGUGGUGUGGAUUACUUGUGGGUUAUUGUGAUGUUUUUUAUCUGCUGUUUGGACUCUCAUUCUGACGGCACCCAUUCACUGCAGAGGAUCCACUGGUGAGCAACUAAUGUAAUGACACGUUUCUACAAAUCUGAUGAAGAAACAAACUCAUCCAAAUCUUGGAUGCCCUGAGGAUGAGCACAGUUUCAAUUAAUGUUCAUUCAUGUGUUGUUACAGUAAUAUUAUUACAAUAAUGCUACUGUAUACCAAUGUACUAGUAAUACUGUACUAUGUUUAGAUCACUUCUAAGAAUGCUGUGAUAAUCUAGUACUAUUGCAAUAAAGUGAAUAUAAACAUGA